CACCGUAUCACGGGAACAUACUUGCAAACAGCACCAUAUUACUCGUUCUCUUUUUAAAGAGCGACGCUGCAACAAGGUUUCGGCGGGAUCCAGGUCUGGACAUCUCUUCAUAGAUCGUCUCUCUCUCUCUCUCUCUCUUAAUAUCAGAGUUGCAUCUGAGCAUUCAGGUUCCAGUUACCCUUCCAGACGUUAUUUCCAAUGGCGAUCGAAAGAAUUCUUAAAGAUGAAGCAAGUGAAGAGAAGGGAGAAAAAGCUAGAAUGGCCUCAUUUAUUGGUGCAAUGGCGAUUGCUGACUUGGUUAAGACUACCUUAGGUCCUAAGGGAAUGGAUAAAAUUUUACAAUCAACAGGCAGAGGACGUACGGUCACUGUCACAAAUGAUGGGGCUACCAUUUUAAAGUCCUUACAUAUUGACAAUCCAGCUGCUAAAGUCCUUAUUGACAUUUCUAAAGUUCAAGAUGAUGAAGUUGGUGAUGGGACAACUUCUGUUGUUGUUUUGGCUGGUGAGCUGUUAAGAGAGGCAGAAAAGUUGGUGGCUGCAAAGAUUCAUCCUAUGACAAUAAUAUCAGGUUAUCGAAUGGCUGCAGAAUGUGCUCGUAACGCUCUGCUGCAAAGGGUUGUAGAUAACAAAGACAAUGCAGAUAAAUUUAAGUCAGACUUAAUGAAGAUAGCAAUGACUACCUUGAGUUCCAAAAUACUGUCACAGGACAAGGUACAUUUUGCUCAACUAGCUGUGGAUGCUGUCAUGAGGCUUAAGGGUAGUACAAACUUGGAGGCUAUCCAAAUUAUCAAGAAGCCUGGAGGAUCUCUGAAGGAUUCCUUUUUAGAUGAAGGAUUCAUUCUUGACAAGAAGAUAGGUGUUGGACAACCAAAACGCAUUGAGAAUGCGAAGAUUUUGGUUGCAAAUACUGCAAUGGACACUGACAAAGUGAAGAUCUAUGGGGCUCGCGUACGUGUGGAUUCCAUGUCUAAGGUUGCGGAGAUUGAGGGAGCUGAAAAGGAAAAAAUGAGAGAAAAAGUGCAAAAGAUCCUAGCUCAUGGGAUUAACUGCUUCAUUAACAGGCAAUUGAUAUAUAAUUUCCCAGAGGAACUCUUUGCGGAUGCAGGUGUACUUGCAAUUGAGCAUGCUGAUUUUGAUGGUAUUGAGCGGCUGGCUUUGGUAACUGGCGGAGAAAUUGCAUCAACCUUUGACAAUCCAGAGUCAGUUAAGCUUGGGCACUGCAAGCUCAUUGAGGAAAUUAUGAUUGGUGAGGACAAAUUGAUCCAUUUUUCAGGUGUUGAAAUGGGUCAGGCUUGUACUAUAGUUCUAAGAGGUGCAAGCCAUCAUGUUCUUGAUGAGGCUGAAAGGUCUCUUCAUGAUGCCUUGUGUGUGCUGUCCCAGACAGUCAAUGACAGCAGGGUUUUGCUUGGAGGUGGAUGGCCUGAGAUGGUGAUGGCAAAAGAAGUGGAUGAGCUUGCACGGAAGACUCCUGGAAAGAGGUCUCAUGCUAUCGAAGCUUUCUCACGGGCUCUUGUGGCAAUUCCGACAAUCAUUGCUGACAAUGCUGGUCUGGACAGUGCUGAAUUAGUUGCUCAGCUCCGUGCAGAGCACCAUAAGGAAGGCUGCAAUGCUGGGAUUGAUGUCAUCUCUGGAUCUGUGGGAGAUAUGGCCAAGCUUGGUAUUUCUGAAGCCUUUAAAGUGAAGCAGGCUGUUUUGCUCUCAGCAACUGAGGCAGCGGAGAUGAUUCUUAGAGUAGAUGAGAUUAUCAAAUGUGCUCCAAGGAGGAGAGAAGAUAGAAUGUGAAGAACCUUUUUGUGACGAGAGACUCUUUCAGAAAGUGGUAUCUGAUGAGUACUGUAAUCUUGUUUUGCACGGUUAGGGAGAUUUUGGGUGGGAAAAAUUUGUAGCACGCUUGUGUUGGGUGUUUUAUCAUUUGAGAAAAAAGGUUGCAGUAGAUGUUCCAAGUUUUGCUUUCUAUAUUUAUGAGUAGAUCUUCGUUGAAUCUUGGUGCUAGCCUGCAAUGACUUUCAGCUGCUGUUUUUCUGUAGUCGCAGAACUAUGGUUGUUUCAAAGAGAUUUAGUGUGGUUCGGCUGAGAGGGUUAAACCAGAGUUUUCCACCUUACUAUUUGUGAGAAUUUAUUAUCA